AUGUUCACCCGGUUAUUGGCGUUGGCAUUAGUGGCGGCGGCGGUUUCUGCCCAAAAUAAAGUCACAGAGUUCGAGAAUCCAACAGUAAGUCUGAAAAAAUUUUUAAUUUUUUUCUAAAAAUUGUUUAUUUGUAAAAUACGAGGAACUCAAAUCCUUCUGCUUCAUUCAAAAUUCAACUAAAUUUGCUGUAAAAAUGAUUUCAAAAUUGAAAUUUUUUGAUUUCUUUUAUUAUAAAAUACAAGAAUAAAAUGACAAUAACGUAUUUUAAAAUCAAAGAUAACGUAUAAAAACAAGUGCCAUGAUCUUUAUUAUCCAAUUUUGAUGAUUUUUUUCAUUAAAAAAAAAAAAAAAUACAAAUCAAAAAUUUUUUUUUUAAAUAAAAAUUUUCCUCCAAAAAUCUUGACUUCCCCUAAAAUCAUCAUUUUUUCACAAAAAAAAAACAAACAAAAAUUUUCCUUCAAAAAAUUCCAAAUUUUUAUUUAUUUUGCAGGACUGUGGCAACCAAGCAUCGGACUGGAAGCCCUGCAUUGAGCGCAAGAUCGCGGAUCAGGUGUUCGGUUCGUGCUGCGAGCGUUUCGUUCCCCCAGAAUGCCGCGGCCUCUGCAUCUACGAGAACCAUCCGAUCGAGGCGAGGGUUGUGCUGAUGCACACGAUCCAGCCGAGUCGUUGUCGGCUCUACAAAUACCUCAGCUCCAUCAUCCAUUGUGCCGCGCAAACCCACGACAACUCGGAGUGUUGCCGGGACAUGGGAUUGGAGGACAUUGGACCACAGUGCAUGCAGCUGUGCCGACCUCAGGUGAGGAAAUGACAUGUUGGCGGGCCGUUUAAUGCGUCCCAAAAUCGCACUGUGCAGCAAGAAAUUUGUGUUUUUUUAUCGCACUGUGCAGUUCCAAAAUCCGAUUUCUUUCCGCACUGUGCAGCAAAAGAUUAAUAUUUUCUUAUCGCACCGUGCAGUUCCGCAAUUUGUUCUUUUUUAUUGCACUGUGCAAUUUGAAACUUUAUUUUUUACUGCACUGUGCGGUUUCCAUUUUCAAUUCUGACUGCACUGUGCAGUUACAAAAGUUGAUUUUUUAUUGCACUGUGCAGUUCAAAAUUUCUAUUUUUUACCGCACGGUGCAAAGGUUCAACUUGCCACUGACCGCACUGUGCAACCUGAAAUUUUUUUGAUGCACUGUGAGGUCUAAAAUAGGUUGAUUCUUUGCUGCACUGUGCGGUUUCUGAAUUUUAUUUUUCAUUGCACUGUGCUAUUCGAAAUUUGCUUUUUUAUCGCACUGUGCAGUUGAAAAAUAGACCCUUUUCAUCGCACUGUGCAGUUUCAAUUUUCAUUUCUGACAUGCACUGUGCAACUCAAAAAAAAAUUUUUCUGCACUGUGCAGUCAAAGUAAAUCUUUUCAUUUCUAACGUCAAAAUUUUCCAGGCGAAUCCUCGUCAGUUGUGGGGUGCCAAGUCGCUGCGUAAGGACCUGGUUCAAUGUCUUUCCAAAUGGGAUCAAGUAAUGCAUUGCCAUCAAUCGGGGCUUCGGGCUCGCAAGAUCAACGUCCAAAACGAGCCCCAGUCGGAGUUGAAACACAUUUAA